CGGGCGGGCGGGGAGAGGCCCGGCAGGAAGUGAGUUCUGGUUCCUGGGUUAAGGUGCUCGCAGGAGCGAGCGCCCUGUGCCGGGAGCGGCCGCGGGCUCCGUGAGGCGCUCGUUUCCAGUCCCCAUGAUGAUGGCAGUGUAACUUACAAAAUAUUUCCAUUGGAGAAACUGUUUUGAAAGCAGAAAUAUGUAGAGAAGUGCUUGCUGCUGGAUGGCAUCUAUGUGCUCAUAUGAACCUAUGAGAGGUCUUUUAACUUGACCAUCCUUUCAGUGAUGAAACAACACUGGGAAUUAUGGACAAGAACAUCGGAGAGCAGCUUAAUAAAGCUUAUGAAGCCUAUCGACAAGCAUGCAUGGAUAGGGACCAUGCUGUGAAAGAACUACAGCAAAAAACAGAGAACUACAUGCAGCAAAUACGUGAACAGCAGGAACAGAUAGAGCUUCAAAACAGCAUUAUUGCAAAACUGAAUUCACAGUUAGCUGCUCUGAAUGCUAAUAGAGGUAAUGUGCAUCCCUACAUUCUGAUGCAUGAAGACAUUGAAACCUCCAACUUAUCUUUUAGCCAGCUCUCUGAAAAACUGAACGUAGCAAAACGAAGAGAGAGACUCUUAAAGGAACAGUUAGAAAAUGAGAGCAUGAAGUUGAAGCAACUUGAAGACAAAAACAGUCAAAAGGAAAGGAAGCUUGUGUCUAUUAUUUCCAACCAAGAAGAUAAAAUACGAUCUCUGAAAAUUAAAUUGAAAGAAUUAAAUGAAGCACAAAAGAAUAUGCAGAUGCCAAUAUACAAAAUGGAGGUGAAAAGUAAGAAAGUUGUUCCAGAUAAGCCUGAAUUAUCUCUAGGAUUCUCUGGUAUUUCACCUGGGCAUGCAAGGGAGAAUCUGGAGACUAUUUUCCAGGAGAUGAAAGAAGAGUGUCAUCGAAUAUGUAUGCUAGCCAGAGAACAAACAGACCAACUGAGUAAAUUUAGGAUAAAGCCAGAACCUGAAACUGAAAUACAGUUUUCCAUGCCGAUACAGUGUACUGAUAAAACUGAUGAACAAGCAGAAGAGCUUUUUAAGCCUCGGGUUAUACAGGAUAUAAAUAGAGGUGCAUCAUGCAUCACAUCUAUCACACCAAGAGGAGUGGGCCAAGAUGAGGACAACAACUCUGUAGAAUCACUUUCUAAAUUUAAUGUCAAGUUUCCACCUACAGACAAUGACUCUGCUUUCUUGCAGAGCACUCAGGAGAAACCAACGGUACCUUGUACUGGUAUAGCUGAAAACAUGCUUCAAGAUCAUCAUUUUAACCUGGAGCACAGAGACCGUGCUGUUAACCUCAGUAAAUUGGAACCUAACUCAUUUGAAGCUCGUGGAGUUGAUCUCAUGACCUCAGCUUUACAAAGCUUAACUACUGUUGACAAAAAACCCCCGAAUCAUGCAAACAUGCCCGUAGAAAAUACCCGUGACAAAACAUGCUUAAAAACAGCAGACACUGGUUUCACGUUUAUACCUAAGCACACGAACCAGGGAUCACCUGAAGCAAUUUUUCCUUUAGAAGCUGCUGGGACAACUGUCAGAGGUCCUCACCAGCUCAUUUGGCAGCCUCAAGACAAUGAUUUGCUGGCACAAGCUUAUACAGACUCUGAACUGAAUCAGUGUGGAGUAUGUGAAUUCUGUCGAGAAGUUUUCCCACCAUCUCUAACAUCUAAGGAAGAUUUUCUUCGGCAUCUGAAUUCCCACUUUAAAGUACAGUCUUAAUGUAUGAGAAUUCAAUGGAUCACUGUUUUUGCAUACAUUUGAUUUUUUUAUUCAAUAGAUAUGCUAAGAAUUUAAGGAUUAAGACUUGUAACAAGAACUUAUAACUGAAAUUGUCAGAUAAGCACAUUUUUAAUUGUCAUUUGACAAGGUAAAAUGGAACUGUAAGUCAGUACUGUAACACAUUAUUGCUUGUUAUGCUUCAAUAUUACCAUUGGGAUUGUUGUUAAAUGCCUUUUUUUCAAUUAAUAUUUGUCUGAAUAGGCUCAAAGUCAUGAUUAUAUUUGAGUACAGAUUUGCAGGAUUAAGUACUUAAUCUGGGUGGGGAAAUUGGUGUAACACUAGCAUUUUUUCUCAAUAUCCAGUUAUGAUUCUCUUCUCCUUGAAGUAAACAGAAAGGAGAAGUAAGCUCUCAUUUUUAAUUUCUAUUAUGAAAUUUCCAAAUUUAACUUACAGUAGUGAACCUCUUAAUUCAGAUCCUUGCAAAAUCAUCAGAGUAAUUGAUUGCCUAGUGUGCCAAAAUUAGGAUAGACUCUUAAUAUAAAUCAAUGGUUGACUUUCUUUCUGAAUUGUUUUCUAGAGAGAUUAAUCUAACACAGCACAUAAAUGACCCUUUUGCUAAAAUGGACUGGUAGCAGUUUUCUGUAUGUCUGAUAAAUCUUGUUAAAAAAAAAACCUAUUUUGUUAACAUACUGUCCUAGCAUUAAUCAUGAGUAAAAUACUGCCAUAGAAAAUGGUAUAUUAGUAUGAAGGAUGGAAUGAGAAAAGGCUAAACUGUCCCUAAAACUAAGAAUACCAAAGAUUGUUUACCUUUCCUUCUGGUCAUAACAUGAAGGAUUGUUCAAGUCGGUUAUGGCCUAGAUGGGCGAGGGGAAAACCUAAUAAUGGAAAUCUCAGUGACUUCAGUUUUAACCUGAAUAUGCAAGAGUGGCUUUCUCAAUGCAAUAUGAAUUUGUGUUUAGGUGAAACAUUGCAUUUUGAUAAAGUUUGCACAUUUUAUGGAAUUAUAGGGUUCAAAUUAAAAAGCAAUGUUUUUUUACUAAGCAAUUUAAAUUAAUGAUAAAAGGUGACCUGGAGCUUUUUGCAUAUGAACUGAGUAUAGGUUUUUGUCCUGAUUUUUGAUAAUUAGCAUUAAUUUUUUAUAGCAGCAAAGCACACCACUUUUUAAAGAUUUGUUCGCAGGUGACUUAUUUCUGGAAAAAAAAAAUACACCUGCAUCUUUUUUAGAAAUGGAUUUUUCUGCAGUUAUUUGCUGUACUUUAAACAUCUCAUGUUUGUAACUGGCUGUCAACAGAGUGUAAUAAACAGCAGUGUACAGUGCGUGUCUGCGA